UUCCAAAUACGUCAGUUGAACCCUACCACUCCGUACGAAUGUUAUGCCGCAUACGCAGCAGCACUAGAACCUUCCCGCGUCGUAACCUUACUCCAUCAACAUAUCGAUUCCAAACCAAGCGAUGGAAUUCAACAAAUAUUUAUGGGCAAGAGACUGUGGAACUGAAAUACGAUGUUGCUCACGGGAGCUCUUCGCAUUCAGAAGAAGCGGAUCCAAGCAAAACUUUCGGUCACUUUCAAGGCAAUUCGCUAAACGACUCGGAAUGGACCCCGAGCGUUGAGGGCGAAAUUUCGCUACUGGGACAUUCUAUGGGUGGAAAGGUCGCCAUGACUCUCGCUCUCCAUCCGGAUACUCCCCAAGGUCUACUUAAGAAUUUGAUUGUGGAGGAUGUAUCGCCCAUCAAAGGCCGUUUGAGUAAAGAGUUUACUGGGUAUGCUAAGGCGAUGAGAAGGAUUAUGAAUAUGAAUCUCAAAGAUAGAAAAGAAGCUGAUGAAGUCUUGAAGGAGAUUGAGCCGGAUAUCACAGUAAGACAAUUCCUUCUGACUAAUGUUUCGGCGGCUUCAUCUCCCGGAGCUCCUUUGUCUUUCCGUGUGCCACCCGAUAUCAUUGCCGAUUCCAUGGAGAACCUGGGAGACUUUCCAUUCUCAUCUUCAAGCGGAGACGAGGAAGUGGUUUUCGAUCGCCCCACUCUGGUCAUUAGAGGGAAGAAGAGCAAUUAUAUCAAGGAUUCAAAUUUGCCAGCAUUUAGCAAGUUCUUCCCAAAUCAUCGGUUAGCAGAACUAGACACCGGACACUGGGCAGCUAUUUCCGGUGACCAACAGGUUUACAAAGCGGAGGAGUGGCAACUAUUCUGCAUCUUUAGGGAUGACUCACCUCCCAGGCGGAUGUUCUCAGUAACUGCAUCCCCCGAUAUCUCAACCGUUCAAUUAGGCCGGCUGAUUGCAGCGGGACUUCCUCGUCAAACGCCUGGGCCUGAAUCGACAAGCCUGAUUCUGUGGAAGUUAAACCAACCUAUUCCUAGUCAUGCAAUAGACGAAGAGCUGCCCAUGCGGCUUGUAGAUCUUCCGCAGUCUGCAACAAUCUUGGCACCGCACAUGGUGAUGAGAAGGAUUAUGAAUAUGAAUCUCAAAGAUAGAAAAGAAGCUGAUGAA